AGUUGCCAUUGCCAGCCAAACUAGUAUGUCAAUUAGUAUAUUUGUAUCCUGUUGAUGUCAACUGGUAACUCAGAAUGCACACAAAGCUGUGAAUAAUAGUACCUUUCAAAUACAUAUAGUAACCAUGAAAGUCAGUUGCCUUAAGCUAUGGAAUAACGAAAUGGUCAUCACCCAAAUGCAUGAUAACAGGAUUAUCAGUCUUAAAGCUACCCUCAAGCAGUAGCUUAAAAAAAACCGACGUAUAAAACUAACAGAACCAACAUAACACCAGACCCCAAAUCACAAGGGCUGGAGCCCAAAUUUUUAACAAAAAUGAAUAAAUUUUACAACCCCACAGGUACAAAAACAAAACCCCAAUUCAGAAACACCAAAACUUGGCUGGUGGAAAUGGAACAAAACCUUGGAGCUCCAGAGCCUAUCAAUGGAAGCAACACAGUGCCAAAGCAGGUGAAACAAGGGGAGAUGGUGCCAAGCUGCGUGCGUCAAGGUUGCCUAGUACCAUCACCAUUAUGUCCCUACCAAAAACCUCCGGUGGGUCCCUUGCGAGAAUCUCCUUUCUCCUCCCUCUUCACCCACACCUCUCCAAAGCAUUUCUUCAGUCUCCAUACAAAAAACUUAAAGCUUUGUGCGGAGGUUUUGUUUUUGCUGAGAGAUUUGAAGAACGGUGAGAGAAAGGAAAAGAAAAAAAACAUGAGAAACAUGCAAUGUUCGUGCAACCAGGGGUGACUAUAUCAGUUAGACUUGAAUAUGGGCACAGACGUCGUCGGAGGUUGACACGUGGAAUUAAAUUGACAGUUUAAACUGGUUAUAAAAAAUAUCCUGAAGCGUUCAAAGUAAAGUAAAGCAAUUUCGAGGAAAAUUUCAAGUGAAGAUAAUAAUGAAGUAAAAACGAACAAAAAAUGAGAAAAAACUGUCGGAUUUGGUGGCCAAAGCAGCUCUCUUCGACCAAACCAUCUUUGUAUAAUCUUCUGUUCGGCUGGUUCGUGCCUUGUUCUUCGGAUUCUCUUGACAUUGUCGUCGCUUUCGCUUCGAAUCGCGAGUCUUCUUCAUAUCUGCAAUCUCGUCUCCUGGAGAUCCUCCAUUCUACCAAUGGUAAUAUGCAUGUAUCUCUCCAAGAUAAAUCCAAGUUCUCUUUGUUGGGUCAGUGUAGAGCUUGUCUCAGCAAUGGUCAAGUGUUUUAUGAAGGAGUAGAAGAGGAUGAUCUGAGAAAGUCUGGCACUUACAGUGUUGAUGGAAUUACUGAAUGCUGCAGACAGUGGAGCUCUGGAUGCUGUAAUCUUGAUGGGUUAUUAGAACAAUGCAGACAGACAUGUAUAGAAAGUGAUUACUGGAUCGAGCUGACAUAUGAUUCUUUUCAUCUUCCUGCCUGGGGAGUUUGUUGGAUUCCUAAAUUGCAUCAUAUUCAUUGGAACGGGGAACUAGUGUCUCACUGUGAUAUCCACGUGAUAUUCUAUGAAACUCCAACAUAUGGUGCACAUCAUUUCUCAUUGAGAUUCUGGAAUUCUUCUGUGCUUGGGAAAACUUCUCUUAAGGAGCCUCAGUGGGUUGAUGAACUUCAACAAAAGCAGCCUUUAAAUGACUUGGAUACAGUGAUUUUGGCAAUCAACAGUGCCACUGCCGCUAAGAAAGUUUUUGAGAGAAAUGAUGGCUUCAAGAGAUCCUCUCCUAAUGGUCCCAUUAUUUGGAUGUUUUGUACCUUCAUGUGGCAUAUAUUGGCAAUGUCAAUGGCAUCGUUAUCUACUCUUUUUUAUAUUUUUAUUCAGUUUUCCCAUAGCUUUUUGAAUUUUGGAUCUCAAUCAUGGGUAUACUCUGCAUCAGCAAAGGCAUUUAGCAAUACCUGGGUAAAUGUUCAAAUUCGUUGUUGUCAGGUCUUAUAUUGGCCAGUCUUUCUUCAGGACAAUGACCUCAGGUCUCAAUCAAGUGUAGAUUGUGCAGAAAAAGUUGCAUUACUUAAGCAUUCCAUGUGGUCAAGUUUGGUUGUUGAUAUCAUUAUGGGAGACUUUAUUGGUUUGGCACUCUUAUUGCACACGGAAUCUGUCUGUUCAUGGGUUUCAAAUUUUGCCAGUGACUCUACAAAUGAGCUGAUGAGGUCGGGUUGUGUGUGGUUGAUGGGUGUCCCAGCAGGUUUCAAGUUGAACACAGAAUUGGCUGGAGUUCUUGGCAUGAUUUCUCUGAAUAUGAUUCAAAUUUGGUCUACCCUUUGGAUUUUUGUGGGUACUUUUUUCAUUUAUUUCAUCAAAGGACUUGCUAUAUUGGCAAUUCUUUUCGGGUUGACAAUACCUUCUGCUUUGGUCAUAGACAUGAUUGCAAUAGCGACAUUGCAUGUGUCAACACUUCAUUGGUUAAUCUCUAUUCUCUAUUCACAGCAGUUACAUGUGCUCGCAGCUUUGUGGCGUCUUUUCAGGGGACGAAAGUGGAAUCCUCUUCGUCAAAGAUUAGAUAGUUUUGACUACACCGUGAAGCAACAUGUUGUUGGAUCUCUUCUAUUUACACCACUUUUGCUUCUAUUGCCAACAACCUCAGUUUUCUAUAUUUUCUUCACCAUUCUGAACACAGCCAUCGGCCUUAGCUGUAUGUUUAUCGAAGUCAUCAUAUCUGUCAUACAUGCUACUCCUUAUAUUAAAAUUGUCCUUCGGUUGAUAAAACCUAGAAGAUUUCCAUCGGGGAUAUGGUUUGAAAUCAUAGCCUGCCACAAUAACAGCAGUGAUUCUCCAUGGAGUGCUUUUAUUGAUAAAAACAGUUUGCCAUUUGAAGAAGCGCCAGAAAGAGUGGAUAUGAAUAGAAUGAUAUCUAGCAGUUUGAUUUCAAUUCUCCACAGCAAUUAUUUGAGCAUAGGACAAAUGGUCUUGCCUCAUUACAGAAAAGCUUUUUCGGGAGUCUCUCGAUCACACUUUGCCACAUCAGUUUUUGGACUUCUUAGUGGUAAAAAAGUUGCAUCUACUUUAGGAGCCACACUGCCCUCAACAAUGCCAUGGUUAUUUAUCCCAUACAAAGAAUAUUGGUGCCUCUGUCGAAAUUCGAUUCUUGCAUGUAUGGUAGACUGCAACUAGGAUAGAUGUCAUGAUUCAAGAACCCUUCAUUUAACUUGGGUGUUCGGAUUUUGUACCUGUCACAAGCUGCUGCUGCUUCUUUUUGGUUUGGUUCAAACCUAGGCAUUAGAGUUAACAAACAGAUUUCUCCAAGUUGAUGGAGGUAGUGACAAAGGAGAUCAAGAGAAAAAAAAUGAAACCCGGAAAUUUAUUUCGGUUAUCCAUUUAUUAGAAUAAUUUGUAUUUUAUUAGUGAUUGCGUAUAGUAAUUAUAUAGUUAUAUUUCUAGUUUGGUUUUGGACAUAACGUUUUUGUUUACUAUAUGCAUUGUUUCUCCAUUUUUUGGUUGAAAAGUAGAGCAUGACAGUAAAAAGUGACCAGUGAGCUAUAUUUUGUGAGCUAUAGGUUGUAAAUAAGUGGUUAUAUUUGCACUCUCAAUAACUUCAGACUUGCAUUUGAUGAAAGAUUCAUCUUAAUUCACAUCCUCCCUAUAUUCUGAUGGUUCGAGUUUUUACUACCAUGAUGCAUUGUUUUAUAGACCACUGGUUAAAAAUGUUGAAAGAUCAAAAUUGAAAUGGAUUUUUCAAUUGAUCAUGUCCAAAAUGCUUGAUAUCAAAGCCAAAUAUCAUUUGAACCUAA